GUUGGAGGCGCGCGGGGACACGAGAGAGAGGAAGGAGAAAAAAAACCCUCAACCAUCAUCAAUGCGCUGGCGGUGCGGGGUCACGAACUAUGACCUUUAACAGAAGAAAACCAAAACAAAUAUUUUAUAAAAUAGAAGAGAGCCCGAAAUCUGUGACCAGCGUUUCUUGGGGACCUCGCUAAUGACCCUUACAUCAUCAUGACGACCAACCUGAAUCUGCUCUCUCAGCAGAAAGCGGACUCUGAGCACGAGGCAGAGGUGUCGUCCUCUCCUUCAGACUCAGUGAUGAGUGAGUCUCCACAGCGCUUUCAGGUCAUCUCCACUGAUCCUGCCACAACACCACAAAGAAUACAGAUUGUAACUGACCAGCAGACUGGUCAGAAGAUCCAGAUUGUGACAGCGAUGAAGCCGUCCUGUGCUCCCAAACAGCAGUUCAUUCUGACUACGGCCGACAGCUCAGGGGCCGGCAUUAUCCUGGCCUCACCAGACAGCCAUAACACUAAGCAACUCAUCUUCACUGCUGCAGACAGCCUGAUGCCAGGAAGGAUACAGAUUGUCACAGAUCCAGUGUCAAUGGAACGGUUGUUAGGGCAGUCAGGGGACUUGAGCCGGCCACAGCCAGUGGAGUACUGUGUGGUGUGUGGGGACAAGGCUUCAGGGCGUCACUACGGAGCAGUCAGUUGUGAGGGAUGUAAAGGCUUCUUCAAGCGGAGCGUGAGGAAGAACCUGACCUACAGCUGCCGCAGUAAACAGGACUGCAUCAUCAACAAACACCACCGCAAUCGCUGCCAGUUCUGUCGGUUAAGGAAAUGCCUUAACAUGGGGAUGAAGACUGACUCUGUCCAGAGUGAGAGAAAGCCCAUUGACGUAGUGCCCAGAGAGAAGCAUGCCAACUGUGCUGCCUCCACCCAGAAGAUCUACAUUCGCAAAGACCUAAACAGUCCGCUCAUCGCCACGCCAACCUUCAUCUCCGAUACAGAGACAGAUGGCUCCAGAUCCAGCCUGCUGGACCAGGGCAUGCUGGUUAAUAUCCAGCAGCCAGUCAUCCAAAGUGAUGGAACGUUGCUGCUGGCCACUGACUCAAAGAUGGAUCCUGGCCAGGGAGACUUGGGGACACUAGCCAAUGUGGUAACAUCACUGGCAAACCUGAGUGACUCACUAAGAGAGACUCUAAACAAUGGUGAUACCUCAGACAGCCAACAUGAGGAGCAGUCUGCCAGCGAGAUAACACGUGCCUUUGACACCCUGGCCAAAGUUUUCAACCCACCUGAAGUAGGGGUUGGACUGAGUCUGGCAGAGAAACCUCAGUGUGUCGGUGGAACAACCAUCCAGCUGAUUGGUCGAGACCAGGAGACCCCCAUCAUUGAAGUGGAAGGACCACUGCUCACAGACAGCCAUGUUGGCUUUAAGCUGACCAUGCCCAGCCCCAUGCCCGAGUAUCUGAAUGUACACUACAUCUGUGAGUCAGCAUCUAGACUUCUCUUUCUCUCCAUGCACUGGGCACGCUCUAUCCCGGCCUUUUCAGCUCUUGGUCAGGAAGCAAACACCAGUUUGGUGCGAGCCUGCUGGAAUGAGCUGUUCACUUUGGGUCUUGCUCAGUGCGCUCAUGAGAUGAACCUGUCGACCAUCCUCGCUGCCAUCAUCAACCACCUUCAAAGCAGCAUCCAGGAUGACAAGCUUUCGGGGGAGAGGGUGAAGCAGGUGAUGGAGCACAUUUGGAAGUUCCAGGAGUUCUGUAACAGUAUGACGAGGUUGGAGACUGACAGCUACGAAUAUGCCUACCUGAAAGCGAUAGUGUUGUUCAGCCCUGAUCACCCAGGUGUGGACAGCAGCGGGCAGAUCGAGAAGUUCCAGGAGAAAGCCUUGAUGGAGCUGCAGGACUACGUGCAGAAAACCUACCCAGAUGACACCUACAGGUUGACCCGUAUCCUGACUCGUCUCCCAGCCCUGCGCCUCAUGAACUCGGGCAUCACAGAGGAGCUCUUUUUCACUGGCCUGAUAGGUAAUGUCUCUAUUGACAGCAUCAUUCCCUACAUCCUCAAGAUGGAGACGGCUGAGUAUAACAGCCAGGACUCUGACCCUACAGAAUGACACCCCAUCAUUCCAGCACCCAGAACUGAAUGAAAGAUUAGCGAGUCUCCACAUCAGGUAGUCUUGUUUGUCUCUCGUGGGGAUUACCGUUGAACCCCAGUUUAAAGUCCUGCAGCGGCCCCUUGUUUUGUAACGAUGCAUGGUGCAAAGUCGUUCAGGAAUCCUUGGUAGAUUAAGACAAUUGGGGAUUAGAAAACCAGGAUGACACUUAGAAUGUUUUCUGGAGCUGACACAGUGUGGCAUUCUUACAUUUCUUGCUCUAAACUCAGUACCUUUGUACUGAAUGGAAAAGGAAUCUUCUGCAGCUGCAACUGUUCUAAUCUCCUUUAAUGUCUUUAUGGCACUUCAACCUAGUCACAUAUGUACUUUACCUUUGGACCUGAGCCUUUCAGAUUGUCGUAGUCUUAUCUAAGCCUUACCAUGCUCUCAUUUAUCACAGACAUCAUAUCGCAUUAGGUAGCAGAUAACAGAUGAGCUGUAUCAUCAAGCUCAAACAGAAAUCCUAUAUUUAAAAGUGAAAUUUCACCUAUUUAAAAGUCUAAAGACUAAAGUAAAUCUGAGUACCUACUUUAAAAGUGUACGUUGAAGCUGUUAAGUAUUUGUUUAUGUUGGUAUUUUGGAACAUUGGAGCAGCAUAAACUUGUAUUUGAAUGAAUGUGCUGCUAAAUUGAGAAGUCAGGCAGUUACAAAGCCUAAGUAUGACUUCUCUGAACGUCAUACCACAAUAGUAGUAAUAGUACCAUGCUCCAAUGAUUGUCUCUCUUUUCAAAUUUCAAAUUGACACCAUUUCCUCAAAGGUGACAAAAAUUAAUGUACAGUUCUUUUCUUUAAAUACAUUUAAAUAAUAGUUAGAAUGAGAACUCCAAUCAGGUACAAACACUAACUCCUCAAUGAACUAAUCCUUAGUCUUUAUUCAUAUGGAUUAUCUUUCAUAGCAUUUAUCUACCACACAGUGCAUUACAACAUGACCUAAUUUCAUUCAGUUUCACUUUUAAUUCAUAUUCACAAAGCAAGAAUUAGCCAGUUAAGGUGACCAUAUUGAGAUUUUUUUUAUACUGAAUGACAUCUCAGAGAUUUUAGCUUUGGGAGUGCUUUUAUGUUUAGGUACACUUAUUUCUAGAUUAUCAUGAAUAUGUUGCUAAUAUAACCUGUGCAAUCACCUCAUCACUUUUCCCUUUACGACAAUCAAUUUGUUAUUUCCAUCUGUCCCAUGAGUGUCAUAACAAUGCUUCUCACUCUGCAUUUUGUGUAUUUAUCAAUGGCAGUUUUUAUUUUUUAUUUUAAGAUUUUGGGUUCAGAAAUGUUACUUAUGUGUAGCUAUGCUACUGUUUUUGUACUUUGUGUUUGCAUUUGUACUCUAAGUGCACAUCAAUCAGCCUCCGUGUUCAUGCUGACUAAUACUUUGGGUUUUCUAUGUUUUCUAAAAAAAAAACUUUAAUUUGUUGCAUACUAAGUGUACUUAAAGUACUUUUGGGCAGGUUUCCCUGAUUUAAAAAACAAACAAAAAAAAAACCCUGUUCUUCUAGGACUCGAUUGCGUCUUAAAGACCUUAUUGAGACUUGGGUCGACUCACCUUCUUGUAUAAUGGUUCAGCAUAGGCAUCAACAGCAACAGGAAUGAUAACGGAAGUGUAAAGAAGUCAACAAUGAUUAUGUCUUGUUAAAAGUCAAUUGUAAUAUUUUGGGUUUGAAACCCAUACAGACUCUUUAAAAAGGCGCUGUUGUGAAAUGACCUUUGUACAUGUAGUUUCAUUAAAAUGAGUGCAUGUUGUUUUUAAGCCGGGUUUUAUAAUCUUGUCGCUGUUUGCCCUAAAAACGAGCAUUGUUAUGAAUUUUAUAGUGCAUUGCAGUGCAUGAAAAAGUUGCUUAAGUUUUUUUUUAUUAAAUGCUAUUUGAAAAUGUUUAUUUAAAUGUUGUGGCUUUAAAAUAUUUACAAUGAGCAGUGCCCACAUUAGAGGAUAUUGGAUUAGCACUUUUUUUGGUGGAUUGAGUAUUCUACGAUUGAAAUUUUAUACAGUGUAAAUGUACUUUGUUUUUCUGCUCAUGUAAAAUGUAUUUCUUCAAACAUUGAGAUCGAGAAACAACACUCAUGUUUUUCUCAAGUUUGUCACAGCCCCACAUUUCUACCUCACACCGAUGAAAAUAUAACACUAAUGUAUUAAAGACUAAGCUCCUGUAUCAGCAUUCCAGUCUCUGAGGCUGGCUUCUCUGAAGCCACACAUUAUGAAAGAAAUAAACAAUUAUGAAAUAUG